GCUAGUGCUAGGAAGAAGAGAAAAAAAAGACAGGUCAAAAUUCGUUUGCAGUUUUACGACUAUGUAAGGACACUAUUAUAAAAAUGGCUCUCAAUUGUUUCCGCUUCUACUUCCACAGCACAGAGAGACUUCUUGUUCGAGAACAUAGCAGCCAUGAAGCCUCAUGCCUUAGUUAUUCCAUAUCCAGCACAAGGUCACAUCCGCCCCAUACUAAAAUUGGCAAAAAUCCUUCACUCUCAGGGGUUUUACAUCACCUUUGUCAACACAGAAUUUAAUCAUCGACGCCUUAUUCGAGCUCAUGGUCCUGAUUCAGUCAAGGGACUUGAUGAUUUCCAAUUCAAGACCAUUCCUGAUGGUCUCUCGCCGUCGGAUACAAAUGCAACACAGGACAUUCCUGCACUAUGCAACUCUAUUCAGAACACAUGUUUAGUUCCCUUCUUGAAUCUCGUUAAGAAUCUCAAUGAAUCGUCCGACUCUCCCAGAGUUAGUUGCAUAGUUUCUGAUGGGGUGAUGAGUUUCACUUUGCAAGCUGCUGAAGAGCUGAAUAUUCCUGAAGUGGUGUUUUUCACUAUUAGUGCCUGUGGUUUCAUGGGAUACCUUCACUACGCUGAACUAGUAGCAAGAGGAUAUGUUCCGCUGAAAGAUGAAAGCUGGCUUACUAACGGCUAUCUUGAUACAACUAUUGAUUGGAUUCCCGGGAUGAAAGGGAUCCGAUUGAAAGAUCUUCCAAAUUUCAUUAGGACAACCGAUCCAGAAGACAUCAUGCUAAAUUACAACAUCGUACAAACUAGGGACGCGUCCAGGGCUAGGGCCAUCAUAUUCAAUACCUACGACGAUUUGGAGAAAGAAGUCCUCGAAGCCAUCAAUACAAAGUUUGAUCGUGUUUAUACCAUAGGUCCACUCCUAAUGAUGGAACAGAAUGUAAAUUUUGGCAAACUUGAGUCAGUAGCAUCGAGUUUGUGGGAAGAAGAGGUAGGAUGUCUUGAUUGGCUUGAUCAAAGGGAAAUGAAGUCUGUAAUAUAUGUGAACUUUGGAAGCAUCACAGUUAUGUCGGUUGAACAGUUACAAGAGUUUGCAUGGGGACUCGCUGAUUCUAAACAGAAUUUCUUGUGGAUCAUUAGGCCAGACUUAGUGAGUGGUGAAUCUGCAAUUUUGCCAGCAGAAUUUUUGGAAGAGACCAAAGAUAGAGGUAUUUUAGCAGGGUGGUGUCCCCAAGAACGAGUAUUAGCACACCCGUCUGUUGGAGUUUUCUUGACUCACUGUGGUUGGAAUUCGACAAUUGAGAGCAUUUCUUGUGGAGUUCCAAUGAUUUGUUGGCCAUUUUUUGCCGAACAACAGACAAAUUGUCGAUACGCAUGCUCAACCUGGGAAAAUGGGGUAGAGAUUGAUAGCAAUGCUACUAGGGAAAAAGUGGCAGAAUCAGUAAAAGAGAUGAUGGAAGGAGAAAAAGGGAGGAACAUGAGGGCGAAAGCCCUGGAAUGGAAAGAGAAGGCCCGGCUAGCAACUAAACCUGGUGGCUCUUCUUAUCAGAACUUGGAGAAACUGAUAAGAAAUACUCUUCUGGAGAACGGAACCAAUUACCCCUAAAAGUUUCUCACUCCUUCCAAAUUCUUCACGGAGUGUUGUGUGAUUAUCUGAUUACACUAUCUGUUAUACUUUGCGUGUAAAAGUUAUUUAAGAAAUAAAAGUUUCCUUUGACGAGAGUGUUACCA